UGCGGAUCGCACGUACGUCGACGCGAUAUUUUACGCGCCUGUGUUAAAAGUUCGGAGUUUUAUUUCGUGAUACUAUUGUGUUCUAUUUUAUUUUGUAAUCUAUUGGAUUAUUUCGGAUGUUUAUGGUGAAUUGCGUGAUGAGCAACUAUGUAGUGAAAAAAGUGCCAUUAGUGUGAAUAGUGAUGUGUAUUUGGUGAUUUAUCGAUAACAUGGGAUGGUGUGUUUUGUUUAUACUGAUCGGUGCGGCGGCUGUUGGCAACUGUCAGAAUUGUCGAGGCGAGGAGCCGCGGGAGAGGGCAUGUGAAAAUGUCUGCGACUUCAACGGUAACUGUAAGAUUCGGGCUGCGCUAUUGUUGCCAAAAAAUACAACAUAUGACGCCAAUCUUCAAGUUGUGGAGCCCGUACUUGAAUUGGCCUUGCAGCACGAUUCAGUGCGCGAUGCUUUUCCGUCGUGGUUAUCAUUCGAAUGGAUGACGUACGAUGUCACGGACUGCGAUGCUGCCUACGCUGUGAUUACAGCCAUCGACGCGUAUAAUGAUUGCGCACACGUUUUCUUUGGACCAUCUUGUGAUUAUGCUUUGGCAUCGGUGGCUCGAAUAACGAAGUUCCUGGGUAACACUGGCACUCCUCUAGUAACGACAGGCGGAUUUACAUUCGACUUCGUGAAUCCGAAACAGACGUGCCAUGACGAGUACUAUAUGAUGGUUCGAGCUGGACCUCUUGGGUUCAAGGACUUGGCCUAUUUCCUGAUAGAUGUCAUGAGACAUUACGACUGGCGGCAACUUCUGCUCAUAAACGAACCCGACGCGCAACUCGACGUCGCUGGCAAAUCAACUUGCCACCUCAUGAUGAAAACCUUCGCGAACUAUCUGAAAAUAGAAGAUAUCAUUUACACACCCUGGGACACGACGUCAGAUGGCGGUCUGAACUACACCGAGAAUCUUAAAUUCUAUCUCGGAUAUAAAUAUACAAAUUUCAAUGGACGCGUGCGAUAA